CCCUCGUCGGCAUACAUGCCGUUCAACUCAGUCAACCGGUCCUUCCCUCUAAGUGUCCAUCCAUCCGUCCAUCCAUCCAUCCAUCCGUCUACUUCUGUGCCAGCGCUGAUCUCGUGAAUCGUCGGCUCUUGGCUGCCCGCCUGGCGGCAGCACUCGUCAGCUGCAGCGGGUCACCCUCCGCCCCCUGUGGCUCGUGGCGUGACACAAUAGGCCCCCACUCCAUCUCAGCCUUCUUCCACUGGUCGAUCCAUCUGAAUGCCACAGUACCACCCUUGGCCACGGUGGGCGGCACACUGGCGCUGGCUGCACGGAGCCGCAGGGGCAGGGGGGGAGGGGGCGGGGGGGCGUACAGCUGCUGCAGCGGAGGGGUCGGCGCACUACUACCCGCCCGCUGCUGGAAGGUCGUCUGCGCCGGGCCUGGGAAGGGCGGCUGCUCGCCUUGGGUGUCGUCGCGUUGGUUGUCACUAUCCGUGACGAUGGUGGUGAUGGUGGGCUUGGCAGGAGGGGGUGGCUCGCCCCUGCCACGGCGGCGUGAAGGGUCCCCGAGAGCGCCGAAGAACUCGGGUGGGACGAUGGUGCGGAGCCGCUUGGGAGGGGGCGGGGCGUUGCCAUUGUUGGCUGUGAGGGCCGCACGGGGGUCGUGGUGAAGGCUGACGUGCUCCUGAAUGGAGGCAGGCAGCAGUGAGUCGACACCAACAUAUAAGUGUGUUGCUCAUUCCUUCGAUCGAUCAUGUCGUUCGCCAUUUGCUGGCUUACCACUCGUUUGUCGUGUAUCUGUUUCUUGAUGGCAGCGAAGAGGGGCGUGGUCAUCUCGUCGGGCAGAUCCAUAUCCGUUACCAGGGACGCCACAUGCAGCUGGGGACACGCAGUCACCACAGAAGAGAAAACACACACAGGGGAGGAGGAGUGAACCGCGCCCAACCAUCGCUGUGUGUGCGGUGUGGGUGUAGGAUGGGCAUCGUGUGCUCUCACCCGCACGGCGUUGUCAUCGUUGCACAGGUUCCAUCGGAAUCGGUCCUCAACGCUCAAAUUCUGAACAAACACACGGACGCACCGUUGCGACCGCCACAUGCGUGCAAUCAUUCCAGCUCAGCUGAAUGCCCAUCCCCUCCCCCGCACCGACCUUUUCGGGUAGCGGGACUUCGACCUCAAUCUUGACGACCGGCCCAUCGAGGGGGUAGCUUCCCGGCGGCAGCUCCUUGCGCCACACGGCGUCGAUGAGGGCCCAGAAGCGGUCAUUCAUUGCCCGUGCGUCGGUCACCCGCUGUGUGAAGGUCUGCUUGAGCCUCUGCCGCAUGCCCUCGUGCAGCCCAUGCUCGCGGCAGAAGCUCUCGAUGAAGGGCGCCACCAGGUGGUCGGUGUCGCCACCAGCACCCCCCACAUCCCACAGUAUCGACUCCUCGAUGAUCUCCCCAGACGGGCUCCGGGCAAUGAUCGGCAGCGGCACCAGACACGAUGACGACCGCCGCUUCUUGUUGUUGCUGGUCUCACCGCCGCUGGCUGGCGUGGGUGGUUGGUGUUUGUCGGCGAUGUCAAGCAGCUGAUGCAGGGGAGGGCCGUGCGGCGGCGGUGACCGCAGCAACCCUGGGAGCAGAAGUGGUUGCAUUCCACCGACUGGUUGCAUCACUGACUGACUGAUGAUCUCAAGAGAAGCGGAAGCAGCGGCAAGGGAUGAUGAGCUGACGUCGAGUAGUUCAGGUGAGGAGCCUCCACUUCCCUUUCGCUCGAUAAAUCAGCACACCAGGACACACGAGAUCUUGACGCCUGGAGAUCUCGCCCGUCGGGAGAAACAGGCGUUCCGUUCGGCGCC